AUGUCCAUUCCCAGCCUGGUUCCCCUGACCUUCCUCUACCUGGUACUGCUUUUCCUCCAUACCCAAGUCUCGAUCUGCAAUGGGGUCUCAGUUCUGGGCCUGGAUUCGCUGGAAAACAGUGAAAUGGAUGCAAUGGUGAAAAGGGUUUGCACCCAAAAGGUUGGGGAAUGUUUUUCAGAUACUGAGAUGGAUACGGAGACCAACAGGAGAGUUCUGGUGAUGCAGAAGAAGUAUAUAAGCUAUGAGACACUGAGGAGGGGCAUGACUCCAUGUGCUAAACCGGGGGCAUCAUACUACAAUUGUCAGGCUGGAGUGGCAAAUCCUUACAACAGAGGUUGUGAGGUCAUUACUAGAUGUGCAAGAGGUAUCCCCAAAACUUGA